AUGGCAUCCCAGCAGCCAUCGCCAUCUGCCGAGACAGAAGCGCUCUUGUCGCGGCUAUCGCAGCGUCCUGGAGUCCAAGGCACCCUCAUCCUCGCCCGCGAUACUGGAGCUAUCGUGCGCUCUUCAGGACUGGUCACCGAUGCGGACAACGCCGACGAGGAAGCGCGCCCACCGACUUCAAAUGGAGCAGAUGAUGGAGUGAAGAAGAGAGGGACUAGAAAGGCUGAAGAGGUUGCGCGGCUGGUGUACAAAUUUGUGCAAGGCGCGGGAGAGAUGAUAGAGGACCUGAAUGGGGAGCAUGAUGAGGCGAAGCUGUUGCGUGUGAGGACGAAGAAGAAUGAGGUGGUGAUCGUGCCGGACGCGAAGUUCUUGCUUGUGGUGAUCCAUGACACUCCGCCAGCACCUUGA